AUGGUGGCAGUUAACUUUGCCAGCAUGUGGGUGAACAGGGAAGAAAAGCAACACUGGGUGGAAAGGCUGUUGGUGAAAGAAUUAAGCCCUAUAAACCGCUCCUCUGCUCCAGUACCGCCGCCGCCGCCGUCGGCGCAGAAGGCCGGCCCGGCCCGCUGCUACCUCUUCAACUGCACCUACCGCGGCCGCGCCGUCUGCCUCUUCUCCCCGCAGCGCGGCUACAGCAGCUACAGCCUGGAACCCACCAGCCUCCCGCCAGGCCCCGAAAUUGAUGAGCCUCCCAUCAGCAAGGCCGGAAAAGACAUUAUCCUCCAGCUGCCAGUUGACUGGGUGAUUCUGGAUGGCCGAGAAAGCAUUGAUGACCAUGGAAUCAUACAGUAUGAAUGGGCGUUGCUUCAAGGUGCUCCUUCCUUUGAUAUGAAGGUACCACAGCCAGGAACUCUGAAGCUUUCUCAUUUGCGUGAAGGAAAAUAUGUGUUACAGCUGACUGUGACUGAUACUGCUGGCCAAAGGAGCUCAGAUAAUGUCUCAGUGACAGUACUUCCAAUGGUUCACUCUGGAUUAGGAUGUGCUGGAACUUGUUCACGCUACCAGUUCCUCUGUGAUGAUGGCUGCUGCAUUGAUAUCACCUAUGCCUGUGAUGGAGAGGAACAUUGUCUUGAUGGCUCUGAUGAAGCUUUUUGCCAGAAACUUAACCCAGGACAACAUACAAUAACGCAGGCAGCCAUUAGCUCUCUCCAGCAAAAUACCAUUGAGCACACAAAAGAUGCCAACAAAGAGCUUACGUUGGAAAUCACCCAGAAAACGACUGUAACCGGCCAUACACCUAAUGCCAACAAGUUCAACCAAUCACCCUCUCAGGGACCAAAGAAACAAACUACUGGGUAUUUACCAGAGCAAUGCUUGAUGCCUGCAUCUGCUGGUCCAUGUAACGGGCACUUCCCUCGCUGGCAUUUUGAUGCUUUUUCUGGCACUUGUGUACAUUUCAUCUACGGUGGCUGCAAAGGCAGUGAAAACAACUUUCUUCAAGAAUCUGACUGCCUUGCUGAAUGUGUAAACAUUCAUGAUUCUAGGUCCUCAGGGAAAGGCACAGAUGAUAAGAAUGAAAGUGACAUUGUGGUGUUAAAGGGCAAUUCCAUUGAUAAGAGCCAUCCAGUCCCAGAAACAGGUGCUGUGCUUCCUCUGGCUCUGGGACUGGCCAUCACUGCUUCGCUGCUGCUCAUGGUAGCUUGCCGAUUGCGGCUAGUGAGACAGAAACUUAAGAAAGCUCGGCCCAUUAUGUCUGAGGAAUCAGAUUACCUCAUAAAUGGGAUGUAUCUCUAAAGCAGGAUUCAGGUUACUUCACUUCUCUCAAUCCUUCUAAAAAGAAAGUGUGCCUCUUACAUCUUACAUUUUUUUAAAAAGUAAAAAAAAUUCAUGUUUAGAAGAGAGAACAUCAGUAUAUUUCUUUUUUAUGUCUGCGGUAGAAUAAAUGUGUAUAGCUGAAGUGGCAUGCAGAAUGGCUUCCUCUGCCAUAGCUGUAGGACUGUCCUAUGCUUGGCAAUAAGACAGGUUCCAUCUUCGUGUGUUGUGUAUGUAGCAAUGUCACAGAGCAUUUUAACCCAUAUCUCAGGUGUGCAGGGUAAACACCACUGGGGCUUGUGGUAUGGUGGCCAAAAUACCUGUAGAACCCAAUGUAAAUGACUUACUCAUGAACCUGCUCUCUUGUUACAUUCCAUCUUCACCCAGCUCCAGUUUUUGAAAUAGCUUAUAGCAAUGUUACUGCACCACUUACUAUAUUGGUGUCUGUUGCUGGCAUGGCUGCUCCAGUGUGAUGACCUGAGACCCUGAUGCCAAUAGGACGGCACAGGUCAGGCCAUGGGCUAAUACAUCAGUGAUAUCAGAUUCCUAACAUGUUAUUUGCUGGUGUGCCAGCUAGCAACAUUAGGUCUUAAGUGAGAAAUUAAUCUGUUUCUUUUUUCCAGAAUUUCUUUACUAAUUUCAAUCAUUUAUUAUGAUUAUGAUUAUUGACACAUGACACUAGUCAAUUUAGGAUGGGUCAAAAAGAAUAAAUGUGUAUAGCUGAAGUGGGAUGCAGAAUGUCAAUAUUACUUCACCCUAUGGAACUAGAGCAGUAAGACAGUUAUACUUUGAGGUCUUGCCCUCAUAGGUCAUUCACAGUAGACAGUAUACACCUGGAAAUGCCUGUGUUAUAGUGCAUUGGUAAUGGGCCACACAUCCACAUAUAUGAUUAUUUUUCCACAUUCUCCUUAGUGCUGCCAGCCUUUACUACACACAAGCUGUAGACAGACACUUAUUGGAUGACUCGUGCGAUAGUUGUGAAGUUUUAGUUCACAUAAUUAGAAGGUUAAUUGCUAAUUCUCUUCCUUCUUACUUACCUAAUAAAUACUGUACAGGGUUUUAGAAUUAUAAACCUCUGUCCUCCUAUCUCUAAAGCAAGAUAUGCCAAUUCCAUCUUACUGCUCUAAAAUAACUAAUUAAUAGACUGCUUUGCACUUACCUAAUGGCAGUGACAGAUGUAUGUUUAUUUCAGGCUUAUAUGUGUUUCUUCCAAAUUCAGAGCUAUUUGUAUUCUCAUUCCUAUAUAUUUUUUAAUCUUUUUAAAGGGGGACGUGUAGCUUUGGCUAAAACAGCAUAAGGAACAAGGUUUAGUAAGUCCACAAGGUAAAAUAGAAGGUAAACAUGUUUACUUGUACACUAGUCUGCCCAUAUAUUACUGAUUUGUAGCACUUAGCCUGAAAGAAAGUAAGGAACCCACUUUCAGCUAGAGUACCAUUUGACUGCCUGCCUAAAGGCACUUUGUAUUGGCCAUCUGACUUUUAUCAUACUACCCCGCAGAAGUACUGGAUUUCAUUUAGGUGAAAGAUUAGGCCGGCCACUUCAUUAGGCAGAGAGCGCUACAAGUGGGCUUUAAUAAUUCACACAGCAGAAAGAAAGCGCAUUUAAAAUGUUCCCUUACCUGGAGCAUCCAGUGAAUUAAAAAAAACCCUCAAAACAUAACACAGCAUGGAAAAACUCUAUAACCAUGUCUCUUUGUUAUGCUAGUUUUCUCAAGAGAUUUCUUUUGCAUUGUUAAACUGAAGAAUGUUAAAAAUACGAUACCGACCUUAAGUCUGAAGUGGUACUGCCUUACUUUUCAAGAUUCUUGUACAGAGGUAGGUAAAAAGGUAAAGGUAAAGGUUCCCCUUGACAAUUUUUGUCCAGUCGUGUUCGACGCUAGGGGGCAGUGCUC